AUGUCACGAUUGGAGCUGACCAUAAAACGAUUUGAAGCUCGGAUAGAAGCUGGUCAAUUCUAUGAGGCACAUCAAACGUUGCGAACCAUUAUCAACAGGUAUGUGAAGGCCAAGCAAUACGAUGAGGCUACCAAGAUUCUCGCCCAUGGCGCACAGCUCCUAGCUGAGAAACAACAAUACCCGCUGAGUGCCGAUUUGAUCAGCUACCUCAUUGAUGUGUACAGUGAGGAACAUCGUUGUGACAAUAAGCUGAAGCAGAUGGUGAUCGAUUUGGUGCAACAAUUGCCACCUACUGAGCCCCUGCUUGUCGAUCUUUCAAAGCAAGCAAUUCUGUGGUCUCAAGCUGAAGAGAACCUGAAGUACGGUGACUCUAAAUUACAUGAUGUGUUCGGCGCCAAGCUUGCUAAAGCGUUGACUGAAGCUUCUCAACUUAACGCAGAUGAUGAUGCCAAGUUGUUCGCAGUGACUGAGCUCCACUUGAUUUUGGGUUCACAUGAAUCGGUCUCUGUAUACAUCGAUUUGUUGUAUCGAUGGGGUCAAUUCACAUCUAACCACGAUCCAGGCUUAUUCCUCUCACGUGCUAUCAUCAAUUACGGGUACUUGAAAAACAUCAAUUUCGUCACGGAGUCCUCCCUGAAAUUCAUCAACAAAUUCCGCGAGGAUUAUGCAAAUGGUGUUGAUGUCUCCUAUGAAAAUAUCAUCAUCUAUGAAUGUGAUACUUUCCCCUUGAUCAAUUUUGCUCAAUUGUUGGCGGUAACCUUACGCAAAUCCGAAGACGCUAGUACAAAAUUCUUGGGGUUAUACAAUCACUACAAACUGUCUUUACAUGAAUCAGAUUUACUUGCUCCGGUUGAGUAUUUAGCUAAGGAGUAUUUUGGCUUGCAAUUGGGUGCUCCUAAGCAAGGGAAUAUGAUGGCAAAUCUUUUGGGCGAUUUUUUCAAGUAA